GCCAGCUUAGGUCUCUUGGUCUUCUUCUUUAAUUUCUACUAGACUUCCCAGCUAUCUUCCAUCGUUCUGCAACUUCUCCUAGUUCUCUUUCUCUACACCAACUUCGCAUUAGAAUUAAGAAUCAGACUCUUGGAAAAGGAUAUCUCGAAUUAAAUGGAAUCGAAAGAAGCUGAGGCGAUGCUACAAAGCCAAGCCACAAUAUGGCAAUUCAUGUACAGCUUCGCAGAUUCUAUGGCACUUAAGUCUGUUGUGGAACUCCGCAUAGCUGAUAUAAUACACUCUCACGAUGGGCCAGUCACUUUGGCACAAAUAGCUUCACGUAUUGAUGGCGCUACUUCUCCGGAUAUUACCUGCCUCGCUCGCAUCAUGAGAUUGCUCGUCCGGAGAAAGCUUUUCACUGUCCAUCAUCCUUCCGACGGUGGAGAGCCCCUCUAUGGCCUGACUCACUCAUCAAGAUGGCUCCUACAUGACUCGGAGCUAAGCCUGGCACCCAUGAUACUUAUGGAGAACCAUCCGUGGCAAAUGGCUCCCUGGCACUACUUUAGCCAAUGUGUUAGAGAAGGUGGCACUGCUUUCAAGAUGGCUCAUGGAUGUGAGAUGUUUGAGUUUGCAUCAGGAAAUCCUCAAUUCAACGAUCUUUUUAACGAUGCCAUGACCAGUACAUCCAAAGUGAUGACCAGAGAAAUUCUAUCAGGCUGUAAAGAAGGUUUCAGCUCCAUAGGAUCAUUGGUUGACGUCGGAGGUGGGACAGGAGGCUUGGUGUUUGAGAUUGUGAAAGCAUAUCCGCACAUCAAAGGGACUAACUUCGAUUUGCCACACGUCAUCGAGAAAGCACCAACAUACCCUGGGGUCUGCCACAUUGGAGGUGAUAUGUUUGAGUCCAUUCCUAAAGCUGAUGCAGUUAUCAUGAAGUUUAUAUUGCAUGAUUGGAGCGACGAAGAUUGCAUCAAAAUUUUAAAAAACUGCAGAAAUGCAAUUCCAGCAGAAACAGGGAAAGUCAUUUUAGUGGAAUGCGUUUUGCAACCAGAUGGUAGUGGCCUCUUUGACGAUGUGAGGCUGAUAUUCGAUCUUCUGAUGCUUGCACAUUGCUCUGGUGGAAAAGAAAGGACUGAACUUGAAUGGAAGAAAAUAUUGAAGGAAGGAGGCUUCCCUCGUUACAAAAUCAUCAACAUUCCUGCUUUGCCCUCCAUUAUCGAGGCCUACCCAAUUGGGGAAAAUAAUUAAGGUAGCUAUAU